CUCCAAGACCUCUUCAACAUACAAGCUUGCGUACGGCUGCGUCAACCUACUCAUCGUAUAGUGCGUACAUCCUUUCGUUUGAUAGAGCUUACAUCGCGCUUCCACGCGCAACACUCACCACCAUGGAGGAGAUUACCACCGAGUUCGACAAGUGGCUGACCCCCGCGAACGACGCCUUCAAUCUGAACCUUGUGCGCCCCACCAAAGAAGGCGACCCCCAGCGCAUCUUCGAAGAGCCUUUCCACCCAGAGUUCACAUUGGAGAUCUUUCCUCAAGACGAGACGAUUAUCGGAUACAGCGACCUAGAGUUGAACCUUGACUUCCGCGCCAAUGAUCUCAAGCCGUCGCUGCGGAUUUCAUAUGGCGAGAAGUGGAAGGGAGUUGGAGAGCUCAAGCCUGUGGAUAUCAAUGAGGCGCUGAAGAGCUUUCUGCCACCCUACGCAUUCGAAGGUGCUGAAGACAACACGACCGGACCGGACGCAGCCGACAGUUCUUGGAAGCCGCCCGGCAAGCUUAUAAAAGCAUACUCUCUUCACGGCAGGCAGUUUGAGAUAUGGAGCGCAAGCUUUCUUGAUCCUGUGGCCAGAGAGAUCUUCCGCCGAAUGCUGAUAUUCAUUCCGUUCUUCAUUGAUGGUGGCAGGAGACAACAACUAGAUGACCAAGAUGAAGAUGCUUGGCAGAUACAUCGAUGGACGCUGUUCUUGACCUAUGAAGUUACGCCGUUGAAGAAGAUGCCUGGGGUCUCUCCCUACACAAUUGUCGGCUUCGCAACAUCCUACAAGCACUGGAUAUACCCAACCAAGGAGGUCAUGGAAGCUACAAACACGAAAUUCUUCUUUCCUACCCCUGACAAACCCCCUGUUCCACUGCAAUCCGCGAUAAACCCCGAAACCUCCGAAUACAUCGAGUCAUACGAUCCGCUAUCAGCCCCCGCGCGCGAAUGCAUCUCCCAAUUCGCCAUCCUGCCCCCAUUCCAGAAGCAAUCGCAUGGCUCGCAGCUUUACGACACCAUGUUCGCAUCCUUCAUCGCCCUCCCCAACAUCUACGAAAUCACCGUUGAGUUACCAAACCAGGCCUUCGACGACAUGCGCGACUGGUGCGACCUGCUCUACCUCCGCAAGCUACCCGAAUUCGCCGCCCUCGCCCUUCCCACCACCAUCGACUCCAAGGAGCUCGCCAAGGACGCCCCGAUCCCUACAGAGAAGAUCAUCGGCUCAGAGGCAGCCCGCACUGCGCUGCGCCACAAGUGCAAAAUCGCCCCUCGCCAGUUCAGGCGCCUCGUCGAAAUGCAACUCCUCAGCACCAUCCCCGCGGGAAACCGCUCGGUGAGCCGGCUCACGCGGAAGGAGAAGAGCAAGGACGAGAACGACCGCCGGUUCUACUUCUGGCGGCUGGCGCAGAAGGAGCGGCUGUACUUGCAUAACAUAGACAGCCUGAUGCAAAUCGAAGCGGAUGAGCGGAUCGAGAGAAUCGCUGAGACGGCGAACAGCGUCCAGGCGGAUUGGGAGCGGCUGCUGGAGGGCGCAGAGCGGCGUGCCCAGUGGGAGGCUGCAGCGGCUCAAGACGGAGGCAGUGCCAAUGGCGGUUCGAGGGGGAAGCGGAGGAGAGUGGUUGAGAGCGAGGAAGACGAGGAGGAUGAGGAGGCUGGUGAGAGAGAGACUGUGGCUGCUAAGCGGCCUAAAGUCUCAUGAAGUGGUUGCUUGUGCUGACACUUCAUGAUACUUUAGCUCGAUGACCAGCUAGCGAGUCUCCGCCACUGACUUUGGCGCAAUGGCAGGCUAUGGUGGUUGAGGGGCCUGACGAGUGGGUGAAGCUGUGGUAAGAAGGCGGCGGAGAGCCGUGUCUCUUCUUGCUGAUGGAUGGCGUUUUGGGUGCAUAGGAAUGGCAAGGCUUUUGGAGAUACGGCAGCUUCGGACUGCAUUAUAUACCUUAGUAAGCCUGGGAUUGGGGCUUUGGGCCGAUGCAUUGGCUUUGAUAAUGAUAAUCGGACCUGAGAAUCAGUUUUACGGACGAAGUGUCGAGGACGACAGUGCCGUAUGAUAAUGCUACAUGCAUUUUGCUAUUAGCCUAGAUUUGGGCCUAUUGCUCUUGCUAUAGAAAGUAACCUCGAAAUGAAUCACGUGGCGUCCACCCUGCGUCUCAUGAAAACG